AUGUCCGAUGAAGAGCAAAAGGAGAUACGAGAGAUAAAGGAGAAAAUGUCCAAAAUGAUGGAUAAAAUAUUUGUUUUGACCAAAGAAAAAGAGACUCCUGCACAAAAGGAGAGAGAGCUCAAUGAACCUAAUCUUGCAAUCUCAGGGACUUCUGAUCCUAACCAAUUUGAGGAAUUCUGCAAAGUCACCAUUCAUACCAACAGGUUGUCAGGAGACCCCAAGGAAAUAGUGACAACUGUAAAAGAUUCCAGAGAUGAGAAUAAAUCAUGCAAUCAGAACUCAUCGUCAUUUAAGAGUAAUUUCCCAACUUCAGAAACUCAGGAUCAAUCUAAUUUGGCCACCGAUUAUCCUAUCAGGUUGAUACCAAAAUAUGGAAUUGAAGCUGAACUAGAAGACGCUAAAGCCAGAAAUAAGAAAUUAAUGACAUUUUUGGAUCCUGUACAAGAGCUUAUUGAUCACAAAGAUUCCCUUACAAGGAAAAUGAACAAUAUUGUUUACAAAUCCAUGAAUUUACAUAUGCUGGAGUACAAUGUACCCGGAGGGAAACUGAAUCGUGGACUCUCUGUGAUUGAUAGCUACCGCCUGUUGAAAGAAGGAAAGGAAUUGAUUCAAGAUGAGAUUUUUCUUGCAAGUGCUCUCGGUUGGUGUAUUGAAUGGGUUCAGUCAUACUUUCUUGUUCUCGAUGACAUAAUGGAUAACUCUCACACCAGGCGUGGUCAGCCUUGUUGGUUCAGAAUCCCCAAGGUUGGUUUGAUUGCUGUAAACGAUUGUGUUCUACUUCGCAAUCACAUUGACAGGAUUCUCAAAAAUCACUUUCGUAAUGAACUUGGAUGCAUCUUAAACUCUCUUCAUUCAAAAACUAUCCUAAACAUUUUUACAUAUUGUUUUACACUGGUGGAGUUUCAAACAGCUUCAGGACAGACGAUAGAUCUGAUUACAACAUUUGAAGGAGAAAAGGAUCUAUCCAAAUACUCAUUGUCUAAGCACCGUCGGAUUGUUCAAUACAAGACUGCCUAUUAUUCAUUUUAUCUUCCUGUUGCAUGUGCACUGGUUAUGGCGGGUGAAAAUCUUGACAAUCACAUCGAUGUAAAGAACAUUCUUGUUGACAUGGGAAUCUCCUUUCAAGGACAGCUCUGUGUAAUCUCAGAUUGGGCCGAUAUCGAAGAUUUUAAGUGCUCCUGGUUGGUGGUUAAAGCAUUGGAAAUCUGCAAUGAGGAGCAGAAGAUAGUAUUAUAUGAGAACUAUGGGAAACCAGACCCUGCCAACAUUGCUAAAGUGAAGGCUCUAUACAGUGAGCUUAAUCUCAAGGGUGUUUUUGAGGAGUACGAAAGCACAAGCUAUGAGAAGCUUGUUACCUCGAUUGAUGGUCAUCCUAGCAAAGCAGUGCAAGCAGUGUUGAAAUCGUUCUUGAUAAAGAUUUACAAGAGGCAGAAAUAGAGUAUGCAGCUUCCAGGAAUGAAGAAAGUGUGUGGGAUAAUUCUCCCACUCGUCUAUUCUAUGCUCAUUUAUUUAUAUUCAAAUGUUAUAAUCAAUCUUCUUGUAAUCUAUUCCGGAAAACAUUUGGAUUCUGAUUUAAACAAAUUAAAUGGAGUUCAUUCCUAGCCGAUUUGAAAGAAGUUUG